AUGGCCUCCCUGUUUAAUAUCCUCCAUAUCCUUCAAUUCAUAGUCCUCUUGAAACUGAUUCAGAUACCUUUAUAUUUGAGCUCUGGUGAAGGUUGUGAGAAUCUGUUUACUUGUGGAAAUAUAACACCAAUUGGUUUUCCUUUCUGGGGAGAGGAUCGACCAAAAGAGUGUGGCUACCCUUUGUUGCAACUCACUUGCACAAAAAACAUCAGUUACAUAACAAUCAAUGAUGUCAAGUAUCGAAUUUUAGAAGCCAACUCUUUCGAACAUACUUUGAGAAUCACUAGAGAAGACUAUUUCCAAGGAUUAUGUCCAGCAAAACAUGUCAACACAACAUUAGACACUAAGAUCUUUGUUUAUGGUUCUAACUACAGAAAUCUUACUUUCUUAUAUGGUUGUCCACUUUCAAUUACUUUCCCUUCUCCAUUUGGAUAUUUUUCAUGUUCAUCUAAUGGUUUUCCCGAUGAACAUGUUUAUACUUGGUUUGGUUCUAAUAUUGGAAUUCAAGCUUUUCCAUGCAAAGAAAGUAUGGUUGUUCCAGUUCCUAUUUCAUUGAAUGAUGUUGGGAAUUUCAUUAAAAUACAAAGGGCGAUCAGAGAUGGAUUUGUGGUCAGAUGGAUAGCCGGUCUUGAAAAUUGUCAGAAGUGUCUAACAACAGGCCGACUUUGCGGUUAUAAUUGGACUUCAAAACAACCUACAUGCUACUGCAGAGAUCAAUCUUGUCCUAAUUUUGUACCUGAUGCUAGUCCACCUCGACAGUCUCAGGAAUCUCUUCCACCUUCAAUCACGUAUUGUGAAGCGUCUGAUCAAUAUCUGUCAGCUCGCACAUCAAUUGUUUAA